GAUGGCAGCAGGUCUCAAGACUAUCAUCCUGCUCAGCUUUGUGCUAGCCGUGGGCUUCCUCCUCGUCAUCCUUUCUUGUGCACUGUGGGCCAACUGGCUACCGUUGCUAGUCGCGCUCCUCUACGUCCUCGCUCCUCUGCCCAACAGCAUCUGCGCCAAGUGUGCAGGAGCUGAUGACUUCUCAGCAGACUACAACAGCUCCUUCCUCGACUUUGGCAACUGGCUCACGUCCGUCAUGGUCGUAUCAGGCUUUGCGCUGCCCGUCACACUGGCUCACUCGGGCGUCAUCCACUCGAUGGCCUGCAUCAUGUCCAUGGUUGGCGGCGGGCUCGUCUAUGGUACCACCUUGCCCAGCGGCGGCCGCCUCAUUUGCCGGUCCGCGUCGCGAGCCGCGUCUUCGAGCGGGUUGGACGAGCUCGCGCGAAAUCCAAUCCUCGAGUUGAGAGAUGUCCACAGAAGCAAGCGCUUCCCUGGUCCUCGCCCCAGAAUGGUCCUCGUGCACCUUCCCACCUCUUCAACCUCCAGCAAGCCCCUGCCGUCAACAGCGAAGGACUACUCGCACGCCUACUACCACAUCCUCCGAUGCGCGAGAAGACAGUCAGCCACCUCGUCCGCUGCAGCGGGGGCUGUUCUUAUCCUCGUAGCAACUGACGUCGACGCCCUCUGCGCUGCGAGAGCUCUGGCCAGACUGCUAUCUGAAGAUGAGAUCAUGUAUCGCAUUGCGCCCGUAGAUGGAUUCAGAACACUUCAGCGGAUCGUUCAAGAGGAUGUUGUGGGCAAUGAGGAUCUCCACUCGCUCAUACUCCUCAAUCUGGGCUCUCUGCUCUCCCUUCCAUCCUACUUUGGCCCCGAAGCCCUACCACUCCCACCGUCAGCCAAUGUCCACCUCAUUGACUCGCAUCGCCCUUGGAACCUCGACAACCUCUUCGCGACCAAUGAGAUCAUGGACAGGCUCUGGGUAUGGGAUGAUGGAGAUAUUGUCGCCAGAAUGCAGAAGGAGCGCGAGGCGUACGAGACGCUCGAGUUCGAGGUGGACACCGACGAGGAGGAGGACGAAGAUGAUGAUGAGGACGACAGCCAAGAGGCCAGCAGUGGUAGCGAGAGCGAGGAUGGCGAUCCUGACGACCUCGACAGCCCCUCAGGCAGCAAAAGGCGGCGUGUACGCACCAUGUCGGCCAACGGCAGUCAGCUGGGCGACGAUGAGGAUAACGAUGACGAGAGGGGAGGAGGACGAUCACGCGCGUCUGCUAGCCGUUCUCCACCCCCACGUCGCCGGCGACAUCGCAAACGGGUAUCCCGCUCACCUUCAGAAAGCAAGAAGGUCUCUCGCGAGCAGAAGGACAUCUAUCGUGCCAUCCUCGCUCGUUACUACAAUCGCGGCACAGGUCUAGGUAUGAGCGUCGCAGGCAUGCUCUUCGUCCUGGCCGAAGCCCUAGGCAGAGCAGAGAACGAGGGUCUUUGGCUCGCCAUCCUUGGUCUCACAUCGCAGUACCUCACAAAUUCGAUCCCUUCCGACUUAUACGAUGACUACGCCACUGGCCUUGCGUCGGACGUCAUCGCUCUCAACCCACCAGUGGCCAGCACCUCUGGCCAAGCCGCCAAUUCCCAUCUGCCGAAGCCAGCAUCGGCAGACGACGGCCGCAUCCGUGUCAUCAACGACGAACUCCGCUUCACCCUCUACCGUCACUGGUCCUUGGAGAGCGCUAUGUAUCACACCCCCUACGUGGCUGGCAAAUUAGGCAUCUGGCGGGAAAAGGGUCUCUCGAAGAUACGCGGGCUUCUGGCAAAGAUGGGCUUCAGCCUCAUUCACUCGAGGCAGCACUAUAACAACAUGCCGCUUGAUUUGCGGAACAGUCUCACGGAGAGAUUGGAAAGCAUUGCCCCCGAAUAUGGACUGACGGAUCUGGUCCUCAAGUCUUUCGUCCGCAGCUUCGGGUAUCGGUCGAAUCCGCUCUCCGCUAUGGAUUCCGUAGAGGGCUUGAAUGCAUUGCUGGUUGCGGCGACAGGACUGAGGGUGGAGGUGCAGGACGAAGCGCUCACCUUCACCGGCGCAGCGCCAACGAAUACGGAUCGAGGAGCAUACCGCGGGCAGGGCACGCCCAUCACUUCGGAGCUCUUUGGCGCAAAGAGGAUGUGGAGCGUAGGCGGCGGAGGCAACAGUGCUGGCGAUGGCAAGGAGAAUCGCGCUCCAGGCGCAAAUGGCGCCACAGGAUCAUCAGCAGACAACGGUGGGGACGCCAGUCUCGACGACGCAGCUCUUACAGCCCCGGCUGCGCAAAGCGAGACCUGGUCUCGCAACUUCUUCAUUGCCUACUCUGCACUUGAGUCAAAGCGGUCUGCCUCCCUCCAGAUGCUCAACUCUUCGCUCAGCCUGGCUCGCUCCCUCCAUUCAGCCAUUUUGGACGUUGGAACUUCCCUCAUCGACAAGCAGUCCAUUCGCUCACUCAAAUCUUUCCGCCUCGCCAUCCUGCGUGACGGCCCGCAUUUGGACAUCUUCUCGACUCAGCCGGCGAUGCUUACCAGGCUGGGGCUGUGGCUGACAGACGCAUUGAGGGAUAUCGUUAAUGAGCAGGAGAGGAGGAAACAGGAGGCGAAGAAGGCGCGCAAAGCAGAGAAGAGGAGUGGACGCAAGGGCGCUUCUAGCCGGGACGAAGACGAGGAGGACAACUCUGCCGCAGGUCUUCAGUCCCUCCCCUUCGUCCUCUGUGCCCUCAACGCUACACGGGAUCUCUAUCUUGUCGUGGGGCUCAUCGGCUCGCCCGACUUCGGGGAUGUACAGCGUAAUCGCUUUGGGCUGGCUUUCCAGGAUGCGAUUCGCAAGAGUGGGGCGAGGGCGAGGAGCGAGGGGUGGUUUGAUACUACGGCGGUCGAGAUUCGCAAAGAGGACUUGACGCCGUUCGUGGAGAGAUUAGAGUUGAGGUCGUAGUGCGGGAGGGUCUAUCAUUCAUUCUUCUGACUGUGUAAUGGUCAUUGGCAUUGCAUCGAUG